AUGGCUGCUUGCAACCUCCUCGCCUGCUUACUGGCCAAAUCUACUGCCACCGUUGCCAGUCCACAUAGCUUACUCAGCCACUUCGGGGCCUCACCUGCUGUCGCCGCCACCGACUCUUACCUGCGCUCUGGCCAUCCGCCGGCCACAACCACUGACUACGUCGAUCCGCGCCUCAACACGCCUGGAUCAUGGGCCCAGUCCCAGACCGAGUUUGCAGAAGGACCUCGACCGGAAAGUCCUGUGUCCGCUGCUCCAAAUCCUGCUACCCGAUCCAAGAUUAAAACUCGCUCUUCCCAGAUACCAGUUUCCAAAUCUCCCGUACCCUCGCUGAACCCCAGAAGACGGUCCCAUUCAGGGGAGACCACCAGGACGACAGUUGUCCCUAGUGUCCCUAGUGCCCCCCCCGCAGGCCGACCCCCUCCAUACUCACCUGGUGCCCCACAAUCCACUGACUCCGUGGGAGGCAGAACUAAACUGAACCCCCGGAACAAAAACAAAAAGAAUAUGGCACAGCGGCGAACACAAUCCCCCUCCAGCUCCACCUUUUCAACCUCCGACGAUAAUAACGAAUGGGAGAGCGAAGGGGACACGGCAUCUGAAGACAGAGACGAGAGAAGGGAGGAAGAGGCUAGAAGGGCUAGGAAGAAGAAGCACUACCCACGCGCAAGACAAAUGCCAAUGAGAACAGUCCCGAAUCCCGCAGCUGCCGGAGUGGCCGUUGUAGCAGGAGGGCCCCCUGCGACCAUCCAGGUGUAUGCUCCGUGGAAACCAAACGAUAUGUUGAUAAUCCUGAAUGGGGCACCAGACAAAGUCAAGUGCCCAGGACGAUUUGUCGAGUUCAUCGGCAACAUGUUGGACGCCUACCAAGCCGUCUCUUUAGACGCCUGGAGUCUGGUCAGACAAUCCCUGAAUCGAACGCAGUGGGGCAAGUUCCUCGCCCAGCUGGGGUACAAUAACCACGCUGCUAUGGAAGCCGUGCACCCGGGAGUUGCCGGAGAUGAACAGCGGAAGACUCUACUCCUGGCGGCCCUCGAAGCGACCCUGAGAAAACCUAUUGACUUGCCCAAGGUACUGGAUCAGAAACCCAAGCGAAAUGAGGACCCCGAGGACUUCUUGGAAAGAUUUAAGGAUGUGUAUGGCUCGCAUGCUGGGGACCAGAACUUUAACACCGGUCAGCAAUCUCCCCAGUUCUGUGCUACACUAAUGCUCUGCUUGCCCGACGGCGUCGGUACCAGCGUUAAGACUAAUAAUCUAAAUUGGACCGGCAUGAACACCCCUGAUAUGUGCCGCGCCGUAUGUGCAUUAUGGAAGAGAGGAGAAGCUGGGGAUCCACCAGCAAAGGUAAAGACGGAAUAUGUUAUCACCCGAGAGCAGCCGCCAAAACCCAAAGGACCUCCGCACGCGGAGACUCGAGGAUACCAGAAGGAGCACCAGUCCUGCGUUCCGGUCACGUACGCCGAGAUUGUCCAAGCAAUCAUCAGCAAGGAGAAAGACGAGGAAGUGAGAGAGGACACCCAAACCAGGGACAAUACGGACAGCCUGGACAGCAAGGCCAACAAGGACCCCGAGGAGGGUACCCAGAUGCUGUCGAUAUCCCCCACAAGGAGGAAUGACAGUAUCCCGGAGCCACACCUGAAGAUGACAGUUAAUAACGAAUCACACUCCUUCCUUGUUGAUACCGGAGCAACUGUUUCAUCAGUACAAUGUUCCUUAGCCCUCCAGACUACUGGACAGCAUGAAAUGUUACAAGGCUUUGAUGGAAUUCCACACCCUUAUCCCCUAACUGUACCAGUGCCUGUCCAAUAUGAAGGAAUCCGCAUUAUGCACCAAUUUGUGGUGACUAACAAUCUGGACAUUAAUGUUUUGGGACGAGACCUACUUUGUCGACUACAGCUUCUGCUUGUAUGUCAGCCGCAUUCCAUAGAGGUUGAACACGCUCAACAUCGACAGUGCUAUCAGCAUCGAACACCCCAAUGGUGGAGCCUGGACUUGGAGGACCAAGAACACCAUGUCACACUUGCAUAUGAUGCGAGUGGAUCCAACUCGGAACUGGAGCAAUUCUUUGGGCCCCAUGAGGGCAGUCAGUGGACCAUCACCGAGUUGGCUACCGUAACCGGUCGGGAAGGAGAAGCGUUGGCCGUGUCGAUAUCUAUGUCCAACUGGAGGCAAAGUCCUGGCAUCGCACCUCAUCUUACGCUAAAAGUAUACUUUCCAUAUACCGCCAAAGACCUCGGACCAAUGGUUUUUCAGGCCUUGAAGGGAUCAGAUGAAAAUACCCAAGGCCCCCAGCAAGUUACCUCCGACCUGUCCAUUACCUAUUCACCCACCCGACCUACUCAGGAGGGUACCUUGAGACACCAUAAGGGCCGAGAUAUUGUGGAAUUUACUGAUCCGGAAGUAUGGGCGGAUGAUCAGACUCAAGUAGGACUUACAAAUGUUGAACCAGUCCUAGUGAAGGUCAAGCCCGGUGUAGCCAUGCCAUCUAUACAACAAUAUCCCUUGAAAGUCCAGGCCGUACCCUGUAUCGACGUGUUACUCAAAGGACUAUUGAAGCAAGGUAUCUUGAUCACCUGCCAGUCCUGCUGCAACACACCAAUUCUCGCAGUCCCAAAACCAGGAAAACCGAAUCAGUAUCGUCUAGUCCAGGACCUGCGGGCCAUCAAUGCCAUAGUACAACCAUUACAUGCUCUUGUUCCUAACCCAGCACAUAUUCUUGCUACCAUCCCGGCUAAAGCAACAGUCUUUGGAUCGGUGGAUCUCCAACAUGCCUUUUUCUCGAUUCCUUUACAUCCGGACUGUCAGUACCUGUUCGCAUUCACCUAUAAUGGACAACAGUACACAUGGACCAGAUUGCCACAGGGCUUUGUAAACUCACCGACCCUAUUUUCUCGUUGUCUGCAGCAGCAAUUACAAAACCUGCAGUUACCUGAGGGGUCUGCAUUGAUCCAGUACGUCGAUGACCUUUUAGUGGCCAGUGAAACGGAGGAGCAGAAUAGGGAAGCUAUAAUUUUGUUGUUGAACUUUGUAAAGACAUUGGGAUACGUUGUGUCCCCCUCCAAAGUACAUGUUGGACAAAAGGAGGUGAAAUUCCUCGGAGUCAUAAUCUCGGCAGAAGGCCGUCGGUUGGACGAGAGCCGCACAGACCCCAUUUACAGAACAGCCCCCCCCACGUCAGCCAGGGGAAUGCGACAGUGGCUGGGAAUGAUCAACUACUGCCGUCAGUGGAUUCCGAAUGUGGCCCUGGACAUAAAGCACCUGACCCCUUACACCAGUGAGGAAAGUACCUUUGUAUUGUCAGGUGAAGCCUUGACAGCGUUCAAUAAUCUAAGAGAGGCCCUGCAGAAGGCUCCUGCGCUGGGGCGACCCCUGUAUGAUAGACCUUUUCAGCUCUAUUGUACCGUCCUGGGUGAAUGUGCCACUGCGGUUUUGACCCAGCUGCAUGGGGAUAAGCACCGACCAGUGGCGUAUUAUUCAUCCAAGUUAGACCCUGUGGCACUGGGGUAUCCCCAUUGUACACAGGUUUUAACAGCGGUAUACAAUAGUCUUCAGUCGGCCGCCAACCUGACUCUCCAGCAGGACAUUACCGUAUAUUCCUCCCACUCUGUGACCGCCCUACUGGGACAACUCCAGACCCAGCAUUUGACCUCAGCCAGACAAAAUAAAUAUGAGAUCUACCUGUUGAAUAAUCCCAAGCUACAGUUCCGGCACUGCACCACUAUCAACCCUGCUGCGUUUCUCUGCUCUCCUCCCCAUCUCCUCGCUCCAUGCGACCAUAACUGCUUGGAGGCUAUUCUCGCGGAUACAAGUCCGCGCCCUGACCUUAGCGAUCAACCUCUAGCCUCUCCAGAUUUGAUCCUCUAUACUGAUGGAAGUUCGUCCAUCAACGAGCAGGGACGCCGACUGUCAGGCUUUGCGGUAGUUAAGCAAGAUGGAACCUUGCUGGAUUGUGGCAGUUUUGACCCUCCGUUUUCAGCUCAGCAGGCCGAGUUGUUUGCCCUCACCCGAGCCUGUGUCCUCGCAGAGGGGCACUCCGUCAAUAUUUACACCGACUCCCGAUACGCAUUUGGAGUCGUUCACGAUUUCGGACAGUUAUGGAAAAACAGGGGAUUCCUCACCUCGACGGGCCAUAAGAUUGCCAAUCAGAUCCUGGUCUCUGACCUGUUGAAUGCUAUCCUCCUGCCCUCUGCGGUAGCCGUAAUCAAAUGUGCGGCCCACACGACAGGAGAAUCCCCAGUCCAAAUCGGUAACAGGUUGGCUGACGAUGCGGCUAAGUGUGCUUCACGCGGUAGAUUUAAAGUGGGUGGGUAG